AGCUAAGAAGUUAUAUCCACACAAAAAUAAGCAUAGGUUUAUUUGUACUAUAAACCUAGAAUUUGAGAAUUAAGCACAGUGAGAUAAUCAAUAUGGCAGAUCGUAAUGGUUUCUUUUACUUCCUUCUUGUGAGUGUUUUAGUAUCGGUGGCAAUAAUAUCCUCAGAUGCACUCUCAACCUCUUUUUAUCAAACAGUUUGUCCAAAAGCCCUUCCAACUAUUAAGAAAGUGGUAACCGAUGCUGUAAACCGUGAGCGCCGAAUGGGCGCUUCUCUACUUCGCCUACACUUUCACGAUUGCUUUGUGAAUGGUUGUGAUGGAUCAAUUCUUCUAGAUAUCACAAAUGGGGAGAAGACUGCAAAUGGCAAUAUCAACUCAGCAAGAGGAUUUGAAGUAGUGGACAGGAUCAAAUCAGAAGUGAACAAAGUCUGCGGUGCUCAAGUUGUCUCUUGUGCUGAUAUCUUGGCUGUUGCUGCUCGGGACUCUGUCGUCCAGUUAGGAGGAAAAACAUGGAAGGUAGAACUAGGUCGAAGAGACUCGACCACAGCAAGCGAAGAUGAUGCCAACAAUUCCUUACCAUCACCUUUCAUGGACCUUAACGCUCUCAUAAACAACUUCAAAAAGGCAGGGUUAGAUGAAAAAGACCUAGUUGUAUUAUCAGGAGGACAUACCAUAGGGCUUGCUCAGUGUAGCAGGUUCAAAAACCGAAUUUACAAUGAAUCCAACAUCGACCCAUUAUUUGCCCGGAAUCGAAAAUUGACGUGUCCCGCCUCCGGCGGUGACAACAAACUUGCUCCUCUCGAUCCCACGGCUGCCAAAUUCGAUACGCGAUACUUUGAAAAUUUGGUGAGGAGAAGAGGUUUACUUCAUUCAGACCAGGUUUUAUUCAACGGUGCCUCAACUGAUGCAUUGGUGAAGAGAUACAGUAGUAACGCUGCCGCUUUUGCAGCUGAUUUUGGAAAGUCUAUGAUCAAAAUGGGAAGAAAUAAGCCAUUGGAAGGAAAUUCGGGACAAAUUCGUGUGAAUUGCAGAAGAAUUAAUUAAAAAAGAGCGCAAUUUGCUUAUCUAAAUGGUUAAGUGUACGUAUUUGUAUUGUACUUUGUUACUUUGAUUGUUUACUGUCAUGGCAAGUGUAACUAUAAAUUCCUUUGUUUAUCAUCGUCAAAGAGGAAUGAAAUAAUUGGUGAGUCACAUUUUAAUUCAAUAAAGAUAUUUAAAAAAUUAUUAAAAAAUUAAGAA